AUGGUGACUUCGAUUCCCAUCCACACUACACUCAACCCUCACCUUCUCUUUCGCAACUCCACCUUCCUCCAGCAGGCCACCCCUCUGACCCGCUCCGCUUUCACUUUCACACCCUCCGCCAAGCUCGACCUCUCGGAGACCAUGGGUGGCCGCGGCCUCUGCAACGGCGAGCGAGGCAUCCGCCACGAGCUCCAGCGGACCACCAUGGAACAGCCGCCUUCACCUCCUCUCGCCUCCCCACCUGCUCCUGCCCCGCCUUCUGUCGUCGGCGUGGGCGAAGGCGCUUUCGAAAAGGAGCUCUUCGGCCUCACUGGAGGCUUCCCAGGCGGCGAAAAGGGCCUCAAAGACUUCAUACAGCAGAACCCCUCUCCUUCCGAGGCAAAGGCAAGGGCGGGCGGCGAGGAGAGCAUCGCGGUGUUGCUGGCGCGGGCGAAGCCGAAGCUCCCCGAGCUUCCCCUUUUCCUGCCUGGGAUGAUCGUGAUUGUGAAGAACCCCAAGAACCCUUUCCACAUGUACAGUGGGAUCGUGCAGAGGGUCACCGACGGGAAGGCCGGUGUGCUCUUCGAAGGGGGAGGGGGGGAAUUGCAUCUAUCAUUUAUGCUGCGGUUUUGCUUAGGACCGAAGCAAGUGGUUUUGACCCUAAUCGGGGGAGGCAAGUACGCUAGAAGAAGAAGAGGGAGAUGA